CAUUGUUCAAAUCCAUAUAUCUAGAGAUAGAGAACCCCACCUUUCCCCAGCUCUACCUCCCCAACCAAAAAUCCUCCCAAAAACAAAAACAAAAAAUGGCCUCCAUGGUUUUUGCAUCAUUGCCUUUGAGUGCUCAAUCACAUGUCAAAUUAAGAACAAACUCAAAUUACCCUCGUUCUUCAUGUUAUGUUCCUUUACAGUCCAAGCCAAAUUCUUAUGUACAUUUAUCCUACAACAUUUCUGAUAUUGAGUCUUCCAAAUCUUCAUUUACCAAGGGUGAUGGUUUCUCUGAAUUUUCAUUGCUAAAAUUUCCAAGAGUUGCUUCAACAGUAUCUCCAUCUUUGAAUAUUAUUAAAGCCAGCAUGGAUGACUCCAUAUAUCGUUUUGACGCAUGCAAACUUGAAAAGAAACAAGGCCCUGUAACACGUACAGAUAUCCCCCUCAGUGACUACACAGGGAAGGUUCUGCUAAUUGUUAAUAUUCCUCAGCAAGGUUCUGAAUGGUCAAAAUCGCAGAUCGGCUAUCUCAAUAAGCUACGUAAAAAGUACUGCACGAAAGGAUUUGAAGUUUUAGGAUUUUUGUAUGACAAGAAUGAACUCGAAAAACAAGAACAUUUUCGUGCAAGAUGGAAAGGUCUUUUCCAUCAUCACAAGAAUGAACUCGAUGAAAAAUCAGUUACAGAAAUUCUUGGCAAAGUUGAAUUUCCAAUUUUCGGGAUGGUUGAACUGAAUAGAGAGUAUGGACAUGGUUGGGUGAACCAACGAAAGGAAGAUAAAGAUCUUUGGCACUUACUCAGGAAUAAAACCAUUAGUGGUGGGGAAGAAGAAAACAAAAUCAAAGAAGAUUUCGAAGCAUUUCUAGUAGAUCGACAGGGAAUCCCUCAGAAGCACUACCCUCGGUUUGACUAUGAAACGUUCGAAUCGCAACCCAAGGUAUCUGGUGGUGAUCCCGGUCCAAGCGCUGGACAACGACCAGACACUCGCUAUCCUAUAGAGAAUGAAAUUGCUCAAUUUUUUAAAGAGUGGUGAAACAGAGUGGCCAUCAGCAAAGUUGACAUAUUCUUCAUAUUGUUUUAUGGAGUGCUUUGGUAAAAUUAAACAAUUUACAUCAAAGUUAAUGAUGUAUUGCUCAUAUUGUGUGUACGUCGUAGCAAAAUAAUGUACUGGGGAUACAUGUUAUUAAUAAAUAAUGUUGGUAAUUUUUUUACGUAUUUAUUCCUAAGUUUUGCCUGAGCUUCAAGGGCUAAUUUCAUAUUAUUUUAAGGAACUUUUAAAAACU